CGCCACUUUUUAACAGACUACUAUAAAACGUCCACUGAAACUGACAAAGAUCAUCACUUCUUUACUUGCAGUAGCAUCAAAAACACAAACUAAAUCAAAAUGAUGAAAAUUAUUGUCCUCGUCCUAGCGCUGGCCGCUAUUGCUGCUGCCAAGCCAUCUCUAGUCAGCGCGCCUCUUAUUGCCGCCCCAGCACCUGUAGUUACAGCUACCAGCUCUCAGUACUAUCAUAGAAUCAAUAAUGGUCUUGCUGCCUACGUAGCUGCCCCUGCCGCUUAUGUUGCCCCUGCUGCUCCUUAUGUAGCUGCUGCACCAGCUCCUUAUGUAGCAGCUGCUUCAGCACCUUAUGUGGCCGCAGCUUCUCCUUAUAGUAUUCCUGCACACUAUCCCGAUAUUCUGUCAUCUUUUCAAAAUAAAAACAUUCAUGCGAUCUUGCGUAGUUUUGGAGGCAUGGACUUGAGCCGUUUACGUGAAGAUGCUGCUGGGAUUGAUUGGGAUAGAGUAUUUGCCGCAUCUGCGGUGGACGAAAAAUUGGCAGCUUUUAAUUCUCUCCUGACCCAGCUAUUCGAUACACACGCUCCUGUUCGACCUGUGCGUAUUAAGCAUACUCCUGCUCCCUGGUUAACAGCUGAAAUAAGAGCACUGCAGCAGUUAAAAAAUAAAGCUAAAGCUCGAUAUAAAUCUAGUCCGAGCCUAUCUAAUAAGGAGAAGUAUAAAACUCAUCGAAAUCGUUGCAACAAGGCUUGUAGAGAUGCACAACGACGCCAUAUCCACACAUCUAUAUCAGAGGAAGCAGAUCCUGGAAAAAUCUGGAAAUUUCUAAAAACACUUGGAGUUGGCAAAGUCAAACAAUACGUACCUUCAAAUUCCUUUGAUCUCAAUAAUCUCAAUAAACAUUUUACUUCUUCUGUCACUAUAGACAGUGCGACUAAAGCCGAUACCCUUAGUCAUCUCUCUGCCAUUGAAACUCCUGACUCUUCGUCAACUUUUACCUUCACACAAUUGUCUGAAUGUGAUGUUAAGAAGAGCAUAUUAGCUGUUAGUUCUAAUGCAGUGGGCUUCGAUAACAUCAGCCGUAAUAUGAUCAUUCCUAUAAUAGACUCAGUCCUUCCUGUCAUAACCCAUAUUUUCAACGAAUCCCUAAGUUCCAAUACAUUUCCUACUAGCUGGAAAGACGCUCAAAUCAUUCCCCUACCUAAAAAACCUAAUUCCUCUACGUUUUCCGAUCUUCGCCCGAUAGCCAUUCUCCCUUUCCUGUCCAAAGUUUUAGAGCGUCUUGUCCAUCAACAGCUAACUUUAUUUCUCUCUUCCAAUGAUCUCCUAAAUCCUUAUCAGUCCGGUUUCCGUAAAGGUCAUAGUACGGCAACGGCCCUUGUGAAAAUCACUGACGACAUUAGGCGGGCAAUGGACGGUCAGAAUCUCACCGUGUUGACCUUGCUGGACUUUAGCAAUGCGUUUAACGCGGUGGAUUUUGAUUUACUGCUGGCUGUUUUAUGCUCACUUAACAUAUCUCCAUCAGCAAUUGAUUGGUUUCAUAGUUACUUGUUUGGUCGUCGGCAGCGCGUUCGUGUCCAGGAUUCAUAUUCAGACUGGUCCAACGUUAAUGCUGGCGUUCCACGUUCCAUCAUGCUUGUGACGGUGAUAUUAUUGUCAAUGACAUGCAGUAUCGUCAAAAGCUCUGGAUUCCACCCUAUUGCACCUGCUGGUACUGCCCCGGUGGUUACAGCUGCGAGCUCACAAUACUUUGAAAGAACGUUUAAUCGUCUUGUUGCAGCACCACUACAGCCAUUUAUACCCGUCGCACCAGCAUUGCCUGUUGCACCAGCCCCUGCCCCUACUAUACCAGUUUUACCUCUGCCACCAGCUCGACCAGUUAUUGUAGAUGCAAAAUCUACACCUGUAGCUGUAAUUCCAACAAACCCGUCACCACCACAAAAUGGUCAGGAUCCAAAUAUCGCAAUAGCAGUUGCAACUGCACAUGCUGCUGCUCCUGUUGCGACAAUACUUCUUCCACCUUAUCCAUUUGGAUUACCCCCAUCAUUUGGAUUUAUACCUCAAGCGCCUCAAGCACCGUUACAGCCAACAGAAAGUCCUACUUUUGACAGAGAAUCGACAACGAGAAAAACAACUACAACUCAAAUAACAACAACAGAAAGAGAGCAAGAAGCUACAACAGCGGUCCCUUCAAACAUUGAUAAUAGUUUUGCACAAGCUUUACCGUCUAACCAAGAUAUUAAUUUCAAACAAUAUUUAACACCAUCUCCCGUUCCAAGACCUGCACCGGUUUAUAGGCCGCAAAAUGUCAAAACUAACGUGGAAGUUGUACCUGUUCCAUUGGAGUACAUUGCCCCACCACCACUUAGCUUACAUCACCACCAUCACCAUCAACACCAUCAUCACCACCAUCAGCAUCAAGCGCUUAAAGUAGUUCCACAUAUUCAUAGUUUUAUUCCAAAGACAAGAAUUAUAAUUAGGCCUGUAACUUCACCCUUAAGAAUACGAAAAGUUAGUAUUCCAGCAGGUUUUGCAUCUUAUGGUCCACCGAAAUCAGGUAAAAAAGUUGUGAAAAGGUUUCCACAAAAAAUUAAAUUCAAAUCGAAUGCUGAACCUACGACAUUUCGUCCCUUAAACCUGUCCUAUAAUAAGUUACCAAGGCUAUGAUUGUUACGAUAAUUUUUAUUUAUCGACUUUUUAUAUUAGUAAGUAAAAUAUAGCUAAAAUAUACACUUGUUAAGAUGGACACUGUAAAUAUAAUAUAUUUAUAUUUUUUA